AUGGUCAUAUCAUCAGCUCUGCUACUGCCGGCGCUGCCCCGGUGGGUUGACUCGCGGGAAUCCAGUCGGCUCUGCAAGGCCCUGCAGGCUAAUGCUCUGUCUCGCGCGAUGGCCUGCCCCCAGCCCUCUCCAAGCAAGAGCCGUCAGCCCGCAAGAGACGAGAUCAGGGCAUCCAUGUCGAGAGAAAAGAGUUUGUGGUGCCAAUGGAAUGUGUUGGCAGUAUUGACCGCGGGCAGGACCAAGGCACGGCAAUUGCGCUGUGGGCUGGCGCGAAAACGACACGGCAUGGCGGGUUGGCGGUUGGCGGUUGGCGGUUGGCGGUUGGCAUGCCGGAGAGCUGCGCUUCACCGCAUGCUGCUGUGCGUAUUGGGGCCCGAAGAUGAGGUCCAAAAACACGGCGUCAGAGACGCGCUAAGCCAGCACGGGCCACGGGCUGCGAAUGUGGUGGGACACACUGACAAUUUUGGACUCUGGGACGCGACGGCACCGCACCACGAUUUCCACCACCACCUCCUCCCCCUGACCGCGACACACCCAUCAUCUCCUCCAGCGCCGCGGCCCGAACUCGCGUUGAUCGUCCCGCCCUCACUCCCGACAGCACAUGAAUCGCUCCCGCUCCCGCCAUACCGUGAUGAAACAUGGCCGACCACGACUUUCAGCACUUCGCCUCGACCCGAAUGCUUUGGGCAUGAACAGCGGACGUCAGGCAUCAUGGCUGCUGCACGCUCUUACGACGUGGCUCAACUUUCCGCCAUGGAACACGGCGCAGGCCUGCGAAGGAAAUGCCUGGAUGACGGACGCCUGCCCUGGUAUGCUGACGUGCGCGAGCAUUCCGUCCGCAUGGCCUUGUCUGCACAUGUCCACCCUCUCGAAGAUGACACAGCAUAUAUAUGGCAGGUCUUCGCCCAGCUUCAGCCUCAGCAACUGCAUUUCCAUUCUCGUCUCCGAAAGUACUACAGAGCAUUCCCGAUAUCUCAUAUCUUUUCCCUUUUCUUCCUGUUCUACUUUCGACGCGCGGUCUCCGAUGUCUUCUUUCCAGCUGACAUGCUCCCAGUGAAGCUUGCGCAGAUGAUCUGGAGGAACCACAGACUUAAUUGGACGUGCGUAUCUUGCUCGCCUCGUCUUGGAACCGCAGGACUGGCAAUACGGUCUCAGCAAACGAACUACCAACGAGGAUCCAUCACACUUGGAGAGCCUCACGAGGCCGCCUCGGAGUCCCUCAUGCAGGGCAUCGAGGGCAAAAUCCGAAGCAAGAGCGGGCGAACUGCUGGAGCCGGCCACGAGCCUCUAAUGACUGGUCUGGGCUCUGCAGAGUGCCUGCAGCUAUCCGGCAUGCUGAGGUUGACGUCUGGACACAAUCCGAAUGGCAACAUGCGUUUGGCGGUGAUUGCGAGACCAGUCCAAAUGCGGGAUGAUGCCAAAGCUGCGCUUGUCGCAUUCUGGCGAUGUCCGCUACUCUGCAUCACAGUCAGAGCUAUACUUGCUAUUCCCAGCAGCCGAGCCUCAACGAAUACUGGCUACGACCAGGGAUUCGACAACAUCGAUAUCUUGACUCGCGCGUUUUUUUCGUACCUGCUUUCUGCUAGACAUGUCUUCAUCCUCAAGCAUCUUACACAUCCCACAAACUAUCAAUGGCUGCGGACUGACAAGAGAGGAGCGCUCAAGGAACUGAACAAUCUCUCUAUCCGAUCAGGAAACACGGCAACCUUCAAUGGACACGAGCAUCCAAGUCUUACAGACGACACACAGAUUCUCUACGAUCGAUACCGCAUCUUAUUCUCUAGCCAUACUCUCACCACUGCCAUCUCCGUAUAUUCUCAACAGCCUCGAGCAUCCUACAUCGAUCAACUGCUGCCUGUCAACAAGGCUCUUCCCCAACCUGGUCGUCGUAGACACACGUGCUCAGCCAAGGGAUCCAUGCCUCGAAGCAAGGGAGAACGAUCAGAGGAACAGCUGGCAUCUGUCAACUUUCAAGUCAGCCUCCUGUGCCCCUGCAGGUAUCAAUACAAGAACCUCGAGAGUGAAAAAGCUUUCAGAAAAUUCGAAUGCAAUGCAUUUGCCCGCUUCACUACUCCAAAAAUCCCGCUCAUCGACAUCCUCGCCAGCGUAUUCCAAUUGUAUCCUUUCCCUGACAGAUACACAUGA